UUAGGAGAUAUAUUGAAUUCAAUGAAUAUAUGAAUAGUAUUCUAAUAUGUCUAACAGUAUGGUUCAUUAUAUUCACACCAUGUUUCAUACUGUUUUGUUGCUAUUGGAUGAAACAAUGCAGAAAAAGACGGAAGAUAAGAUCUAUGACAGUAAUACACACCACAUCACCAGUAAUUCCUCGAUCUACUCAACUAUCAGAGUCAAGUUUACCGAUAAGUCCACCGACGUAUUCCACUGACAGUGAAGUAAAUCAGGGUGAAAAAUAUUGUAAAUAUGAAAAUCCACCAUCAUAUGCAAGUGAUGUACAGAAUAAUAUUAGAAGUAAUACAAAGUACUUAAGAAAAUUACUGAAACGAAAAUAUAUUUGCUUCAAUUUUAAGAAUAUAAAAUGUACUAAAUGCUGUAUAAUUACAGAAGAGGUGGACAAUUCCCCGUAUGUUUGGCACAGGACAUUGGAACCGAAUGGUUUAUUUCUAGAAGCAUCUGAACCGCCAAAUUAUUCAGACAUAGAGGAUAUAUAGUACAAAAUGUAUAAAGAUUAUGAUGGAAAGACAUAAAUGAUACGGUUGCUUAAAAAGAAAAAAGUAAACCUUUCCUAACUGUUUCGCUUUUUUUAAAGUUGUGUUCACAUGGUAGAAAAUAAAAAUGAACAAAUUUAGACAGUGUUAUCAGAAGACG